AUUCAGCAUCACACUCACCAUGGUAGCCAGCAUCGUCGACAGUCUUGACGGCGCUAUCAAUCAUCUGGCGUACCUUGCUGAUGAUCCUCGGAUCGACUAUCAGUCUGUCGUUGUCUGGUCGAGCUUCCUCACCACUGCCUUUGAAGUAUGGUUGAAUCGACGCCAGUUGCGCCAGUAUGACAAGCCCAAACCACCUCCUGAGCUGGCGUCACACAUUUCGGACGACAAGUUUCGCAAAGCUCAGGCCUAUGGUCGGGACAAGACCCGUUACUCUCUCUUCAAAGCAGUGUUCAACCAAAUUUUGGGCUGGGCGAUUAUCCGUUCUCGUUUGUACGCCAAGCUAUGGUACGUCACAGGAGGUUGGAUGGAUACUUUGGGACUGGCACCGAGCAGAACGAUCGUCCAUAGUAUGAUGUGGAUCUCAACCCUUGUCGUCUUCUCCACGAUCCCUUCCAUCCCUUGGAACUACUACUACACUUUUGUCCUCGAGGAAAAGCACGGCUUUAACAAGUCGACUCUCAAGCUGUGGAUCAUGGACCAGAUCAAGUCCACGGUUCUAUUGGCUGCAAUUGGUCUCCCUAUCCUCGCUGCGUUCUUGAAGAUUAUUGAAUUAGCUGGGAGGCGAUUCGUCCCUUGGCUCAUGCUCUUCCUUAUCACAGUUCAGUUAAGCAUGCAGAUGAUCUAUCCUACGUUCAUUCAACCUCUCUUCAACAAGCUCACUCCUCUGCCCGAAGGGGAGCUCCGAACCAGGGUUGAAAACCUCGCUGCAAAACUCAAGUUCCCUCUGAAUCAUCUAUACGUGAUUGAUGGCAGCAAGCGGAGUGGUCAUUCUAAUGCCUACUUUUACGGUCUGCCCUGGUCAAAACACAUUGUCAUUUACGACACACUGAUGGAGCAGAGCUCGCCGGCGGAGGUGGAGGCUGUACUUGGCCAUGAAUUGGGGCAUUGGUCUUACACACAUCCAACCAAGCUCCUCUUGAUCAUUCAGUUACACCUUUUGACCACUUUGACAACCUUUUCCAUCUUCAUCCACAAUCGCGCCUUAUUCGACUCGUUUGGUUUCGACCCUCAACUGGCUAUUACUGGGGUUGCAGGCGGCCCUCAGCCCAUCAUCAUUGGAUUCAUGCUUUUCCAGCUGGUGCUCGAGCCUCAGGAUACCGUUGUCAACUUUUUGAUUCAUGCUCUUACCCGGAAGUAUGAAUAUCAAGCGGACGAGUUUGCGGUCAAGCUCGACAAGAAGGAAGACCUGGCAUCGGCCUUGAUCAAAUUGCACAUUGACAACCUGUCGGCACCUCACAAUGACAAGCUCUACUCAAUGUACCAUCACUCCCAUCCAACGUUGCCGGAGCGACUUAGAGCUAUGGAAACGUAUGUCAGAGCUGUGGAUGUACAGGGUAAGAAGGACCUUUAGAGUCCGGUUAAU